UGUUUCUUUUUCCCCCUUCUCGCCCUUCUCCUGAAAGUGUAAACUUGCCUCAAUUGAUCGUAAUAACACGAAUCGUGUCUCAGUUUCUUUGCUUUCUGCCCGGUGAUAAGCGUCCCUGUCCCAAGCCCUCCAUCGCCCAUAUGUUCAUCAUACCUCCUCUUAGGUAUUCGGCUCAUGCAAUUGCCCACCUCUUGCCCUCUCGGAUCUGUGUCUGACGCAGUCACUACCCACCUCCUCGCUAUAUUACUCAGCGCCCAUCUGCUGAUCCGUGUCGACACGGAGUUGUUGUAAUCUGCUCUUCAGUGCCGGGAAUGAGGUGCAGUAGCCACGUGUGAAUUAACGUCAGCCGGGCUCGGGGCAGCCAGCCACGGGCUGUGCGUGGCCGCUCUUCUGCCGUGAGGUAAGAGGAAAGGCUCGCCGCAUUCUCGACUGUCUGUGUCGCGGUCAACCCGACUGUUAGUUGCCGUACCGGCAUGGGCUCUUAUCACGGUUAUCCUGAUGUUCGCAGAGUGAUUCUUGCAGUGAGGGAGCCUGUAAAUCUUUGACAGGAGUUGGGAUAAGGGCUGCGGCAUGUUCCCUUCAGCUAAGAAAUGAUGUUACUGCAACUUGUGACUGCAACCUUGUGCCUGGGAGUAUCUGUUUUAGUUGACGCACAUGAUCCAGAAAAAGCUUUUGAGAUUCCACCAUGGAAUUUUACGAUGUUUUGCACACUGCAGAAGCACGGAGCUACUGAAAAACACAGAAGCUGGCAGACCCAGUUGUACAGGAAUUCAAGCUGUCUCCAUUCUUCACUUAGUGAUUAUAUGCGAAGUGCAAAUACAUCACGUUCAACAGAUCAAGAUGGGUUUAGUUGCUGUCUCUGGAAAGAGGCUGAUGCGCAAUGCCCUGCACAGUUCGUCAAACGAGAGAAAAGUAUAAGAAUCAACAUCAAGUGUUGGGCAACUGAAGACCUAAUGUUGUUCAUCUGUACAUUGGACCCAGAAGACUGGAAAAUGAGCAAGUUUGCAAAGUACAGAAUGAAACAUCAAAAUCAGUUGUUAUUUGACCAGAAGGAAAGCAACACCUCAAUUUACAGUAGUAAUUGUGUGGAGCAGCAAGUAUUUCAAUGCACCAUCCCUUCCCCCGAGCUCAAUCACAAUUAUUUCAUCUGGAUAGAGCUGAUUACCAAUUUUGGAACCUUGCAGUCACCUUUGAUGUUUGUCACGCCAAUAAAUGUAGUGAAGGUAAAUCCUCCCCAAAAUCUUCAGACUGAAAUGACAGUUGAAGGAAUUUUCAACCUUAGUUGGUCAAGCCCAAGGCCUGAACCAUACCUCCUCCAGUUUGAGGUAAAAUACUCCACAGGCAACCCAGUGAGGGUCUGGAAGGUUAAGGAUAUCUGGCAAAACUCCUUGAUUCUUCAUAAUUUGGAGAGUGGCCGAUCUUAUCUUAUUGUCAUUCGCUGUAAACGUCGUAGUGGCCCAGGGUUUUGGAGUGAUUGGAGUGAUCCCCUACAAGUGACUGUACAGGAAAUUACUUACUAUCCAUCGCAAGUGCUGACAACUGUUGGCUCGGAUGUCACUGUACGGUGCAUUUUCUAUAAUCGGACUUUGACCAAUUAUAAUGUCGCCUGGUGGUUAAAUAUGCAUGAGAAAAUUCCAGAAGAUAAUUAUGCUUUAAUCAGUGAUCAUGAAACUAGUGUCACUCUCCUCAAUGUAACAUCAAAUGGACGGUCUGGAUUUAACAUAUUGCAGUGUUGCCUGCAAGAUGAACAAAGAAGUGAAUGUAACUUUCGCUAUGCUGAAAUAAUUAUAAUUGACUCAAAAAUGAAUAUAUCAUGCCAGACUGAUGGUGCACUGGAAACAAUGAUCUGCAGAUGGCACACAAAUAUGUGGAAAUCAGAAGCUGUCAGUGACUUCAAGUUCAAAUAUUACAUGAAAGAGUCUUGGUGUGAUAACUUGGAAGUUGAAAACCAUAGCAUUGAUGUUGAGGAAUGCCCAGUGCAAAAAAAUGAAUUUGGCCAAUGUCAUAUCAAGCCAAUUAAUCUCACUUUUGGCCAUGUGAUGUGGGUGGAAUUCAGCCUUCAAGAGACAGCAUUCAAAUCUGAACCAACCUGCGUGAUUCCAAUGGAUGUGGUGAAACCUUGGGCACCCUCUAAUGUUGAUGCAGAAAUUACCUUAAAUGGAAGUUAUCUAAAUAUAAGCUGGGAAAAGCCUCUUCUGCCAUCUUACACACUUCUAUUUGAAAUUCAGUAUUCAGAGGAUGGAAUAGAGAGUAAUUGGAAGACUUUAUUUACUGUCAAUGAGACAUUUAUCAUCACUGAAGUAGCUGAUCCUUGUGCGAUAUAUGUUGCCCGUGUACGCUGUAUGAGGUUUGAAGGACCUGGAUACCAAAGCGAAUGGAGCAGUUUAGUGAAUACAAAUCUUGCAGAUAUCCAGGAACCAACCACAGGGCCUGACUUUUGGCGAUAUAUUGAUAGUGAUCCCUUGACCAAUCAGUCAAAUAUCACUCUGAUGUGGAAGCCUCUGACAAAAAAUGAAGCCUUGUGCACUGUGAAGGAUUAUACAUUGAAAUAUCAAUCAAAAGAAAACAUUACAUGGCUGAAACGUGUCGGAGAUGUUACAAGUUACAGUUUUCCUCUGGCGAAUGAAAUUAAAAGUGUCUCUGUGAUUGCUAUCAAUUCUAUUGGUUCUUCUAGAAGGAAUUUUAAAUUAAUCUUGUCAAAGGACAACAGCAAAGCAGAGACUGUUCUUCAUUCACUUCAUGCCUCCGUAAUAAACAACAGUUGUGUAGCUGUUUCUUGGAGAGUGCUUCCUCUUAAUUGCCAGCCAACAUCAUUUGUGAUAGAAUGGAAAAGCCUGACAAAUAACGAUGUGAAGAACUUAAAGUGGAUAAGGGCUUCUGAGAACAUCACAAGCAUCUACAUUCAUGACCAUUUUUAUCCAUCUGUUCAGUACCAACUGACGAUUUAUCCAAUUUUCUCUGAAAAGGAAGGACAACCAAGCAGCCUUUAUAUGAAGAUUAAAAAUGAAGGAGCAGUGACACGAGCCAACAAUGAUGGAAUGCAGAACGUUAUUCUACCACUUAUAUUUUUAUCCUCGGUUUUAUUGAUUGGAGUCUUUUUGAUAUCCAAGCAAAGAAUAAGAAGUCUUGUCUGGAAAGAAGUUCCUAAUCCUAACAAAUGCUCGUGGGCUCAAGGAAUUAACUUUAAAAAGUCUGACGCUGCUGCCAAUGUAUUUGGAAAAUCUAGUCAAGGUGUAUUACCUGUUUCCCCACAACUUGUGGAAUCAGAAAUAUUUGCUGCAGCAAUCAUAGAAGAGGUAAUACAAUUUAAAGAGGACAAAAGUGUAAUUGCUGUGGAUUCUGGAAGUGAGGUAGUAAUGAAGCAAAAUGCAAAUUCAUCAGAUAUUCAGGAUCCGAGUGAAAGUAAUGAUGCAGAUGGCAAAAUAGAAGGCAAUGUGGAAACUACUUGUGCACAGUCAAAAUCUGAAUAUUCGAAGGUUAUGAUAGAGGUGGAAGUGGAUCCACUUUGCACAAAAUACAAGUGCAUAAGCAGCUAUUCUGACGAAGGUGUGUAUUCAGGCAAUGAAACUGACAGUUCUGGUAAUGAAUCUAGUAAUCUGUGGGAAUUUCAAAAACAUACACUCAUGCAGUUAAUCCAAUUUGAUGAAGCCAAUUCAAGUUCCAUUAUUUCUUCAGAGGGUUUCUCUGAAUCUCAUGAACAAGAAAGCAAAGUCUUUUUCAAUGGCAAUGAUGAAGGAGUAGAUUUUUGUUACUUGGAACAGACUUCAUUUGAGGACAUUGCUAACAGUAACACAGAAGGACACACUGUGCAAGAACUGCCACUUCUGGAAAAAUGUUUAACUCUGGAGUUUCAGAAUCCAUCAGAAAUUUAUUCAAUAUCUUACCUGAAUUCAUUGUUGAAAUUCAGCCUGAAUGGAGAUCACCCUCCUCAGAGGGCACUCAGGUCCUAUAUGCCUCAGUUUUAAACAGACUUCUAAGCACUGAAAAGCAAGCAAUAUUGAUGACCAAAUAUCAUCUAGCCAUCUUAAAAGUUAGCCUGCAAUUGGCUAAUAUUUUUGACUAUGUAUUCAUUACAUUGUAUCAUUUUGUGCUGUUUAAAUCCAUUCCAAACCCAGGACGUGUGUGUUCAUGAAUAAUGGCCUUUUGUGUACUGAGCAUUUCAUUCUAGCACCCUAUUAAUUUGAUUAGCUAAUAAUAUUAGAAAGGAUUGUAAGACAGUGCAAUAAGUUCAAAAAGCCAUAAAAGAUUAGUAAUUAUUAAUCAGUAAUUAUUGAUAAGGUAUUGAAUUAAGUUCUAUGGCUUUAAAAAUCACAAAUUUAGGCAUUAUGUUUUGGAAAUAGAUGGGAUUUCAACGAGGUUAGAAUGCCCAAGAUAGAAAGUACAUACAGGGAACCACUUAAAUUUCAGAAGCAUGACAUUAGUAUAAGCACAAAGUAGGGAGUAAAUUUUAAAGGACUGAGGUGGUCUCUAGAUUAAAUUCAAUGCCUUGAUGUCAUAAAAUACCUUGAUAACUUCAAUGGUUUGAGUGUUGCAUUGGCAUAAAGUGAGUUCUCUGAUGAAUCUGAUAUGAUUCCGUAAGUGCAUUAGAAUGCAUAGAACUCUGAUCCUGUACUGUCAACCUAUUAAAUAAAUGUUGAUACCACUUUUACUUUACAUCAUACACAAAUAGAGGCUCUCAUUGACGCACCAGUAUCUUUUUAUACAAAGAAUAAAUAAAUUCAAAAUAUUCAUUCUAUUAACCAAUGUCAUGUACCAUUACUUAAUGCUGAAUUCAUCAUUAUUCCUUCAAGAAGCUUAGCACAUAUUUUUCUGAGCCUUGAUUAAACUUGAUACCUUGAGGGCUUUGUUCAGUGUUAGCCUGGAUACAAUUUACUUACUGUACAGGGGCUUAUAGGUUUGGUGCCAAUAUAAUGGUAAUGAGUUUAAUUCAUGAACCUUGAUAUGAUCUCCAAACAUUAAGGGUCCACACUUAACUUUGUUGUUUCUUGACUACAGAUAUUAAAAAAAAAUCAGCCAAAGUCCAUGAAUCAAGAAUCAUUGAUUUAUAUUGGAAGUCAUUGAAUCUUUACAGGACUCUGUUUUCGUGCAUAAAACCAGGAAAGCAGAUUAUUUUCUGAAAUAAAUGGGAUAUUUUUUAUCCAGAGAAUAGUUGGAGAUUAGUUUUUAAGCUGGUAACAGUGUGUGGAAUUGGAAUUAAUUUGUUAUUUUCACAUGUACUGAAAUACAGUGAAAAUAUUUUGCAAGUCAUCAUAUGCAUCAUUUCAACACACAAAUACAUUGAGGACAAGGGAAAAACAGCAGAGAAGGAAGAACAUAGUGUUACAGAGAUUGUGCAGUGCAGUAAUGGGGUAGGUUGUGAAUUCCUUAAUGAUGGAUGCCACCCUUUGAAGAUGUCCUUGCUGGUGAGAAGGCUUGUGCCCAGGGUGGAGUUGGCUGAGUCUACAACCCUCAGUUUUUAUGCACUGGAACCUCCAUACAAAGCAGUGAUGCAACCAGUCAGAAUGUUCCCCGUGGUACUUUUGUAGAAAUUUGCAAAUGGGGUAUGCUGAAUCUCCUUUGUUUUCCGAGGAAGUAGAGUGCAUGUGUGUGUUGUGUUUUUUUGCCCAUGGCAUCUAUGUGAUUGGGCAACAACAGAUUAUUGGUGAUUGAUGCACCAUCAAUAACUCUCUGAGACGUGAGGUGAGAUAUCGGCUUUUAUUGGCUGGAAGAAAGAACAAGCAGCAAUUGACCACCACACUACAUCCUGGAGACUGAGGGCCGGGCUCCGGCUCCAAUCGCCUUUAUACCGGGGUCCGUAGGAGGAGCCA